AUCAAAACCCUGUUUCGUUUAUGUUCAAAGAAAAGAAGCCGUGUUUUAUUUUUUUAGGGUUCCAUCUACCUAUUUAGAUAAAACACGAAAACCCAAUCGUAUUCGGAAACAAUUCCUCUCUCUGAGAGAAGCUCUCGAAUUCCAACUGAUUGUCGUAGAAUUUUAAUGGCUUGUUCAUCAUCCGAUUCAAAACCAGUGACGUCGCUGUUGUUCUUUUCUUUCCUAAUUCCGAUACCUUUCGAUUCUGUUUCCGCCCUACGCAUACUCGAUACUUGUUCAUCUCUUUCUUUCUCAAAUUCCGAUUCCUUUUUGUAACACACAUACCUUAGUAACCCAACGAACGAACCAAAGAAACCGUUGUCAUGGGAAAGCGUAAUUCUCAACGUAAAAGUGCUGCGAUGUUUGAUAGUGAUGAUGAUAGUAGCGUGACCUCGUCGUCAACUGCUCGCUCUGAUCUCAUGUCGGUGUCCGGAGCGGAAGAUGUGCAGUUUGUUCAAGAUUCCUUACUCGACCAAGCUCUCGAUGCACUAGAUGAGAAAAGGGGUUCCACGAGAGAGAAAGCUUUUCAAUCGAUAAUUGACGCUUUCAAUAGCAGCAUGCAGCAUCAGUUUGUGGAAAAGAAAUUUGCUACAUUGUUACAUCAAUGCCUUUCUUCAAUUAAAAAGGGAUCUAAAAAGACAUCUGCUAAAGAGAUAACUUUGGCAUCUCACGCGAUUGGUUGUCUGGCCUUGACUGUUGGAUGUGGUGAUAAUGCCCGUGAAAUAUUUGAAGAAUCCAUUCGUCCUUUGGAUGAAUCUCUCACAUCUACGAUAGAUGUUUCCAAGAUACCAUCACUGUUGGAGUGUUUGGCUAUAAUUACCUUUAUUGGAGGGAAUGAUCAAGAAGAAUCAGAACGAUCAAUGGACAUAAUGUGGCGAGUUAUUAAUCCCAAAUUAGGUUCCAAUGUAGUUGCUGUCAAACCUUCUGCUUCAUUAAUAGCUAAUGUGGUGUCUGCGUGGUCUUUUCUUCUCUCCACAGUAAGCAAUUUGAAGUUAAAUUCAAAAAAUUGGCAAAAUACAAUAUCUUAUUUAUCUGGUCUUCUAGACAAGGAAGACAGAUCUGUACGAAUUGCUGCUGGUGAAGCACUUGCUCUGAUUUUUGAAAUUGGAGUUAUAGAUAAAUUUUCUGCCCAGUCAGACAAUGCAAGUGAUGCAACGCAAGAAGGGAGUAAACCACUCGAAAGCUACAUAUUUUUACAGGGACUGAAAGGAAAGGUGUUGAAUCAAUGCAAAAAACUUUCCAUAGAGGCGGGUGGAAAAGGUUCUGCAAAGAAAGAUCUUAAUAGUCAAAGGAACUUGUUCCGAGAUAUAUUGGAUUUUUUUGAGUAUGGUUACUCCCCGGAUAUUUCAAUGAAGAUUGGGGGUGAUUCCCUGCAGACAUCAUCAUGGUCUGAAAUGAUACAGUUGAAUUUUAUCAAGCAUUUUCUUGGAGGAGGAUUCGUUAAGCAUAUGCAGGAAAAUGAGUUCCUACAUGAUGUAUUUGGUUUUUCGCCGAAGAAAAAAUAUCUUAAUAGCAGCGAACACAAAUUGUCUGGUGGUGAAAAGAGAAUGUUUAAAUCUCCAAAUUCGGUUUUGAACAAGGCUAGGACGCAAUUACUUAAUAAGCAGCGGGUAUUAUCUGAGGGCAGAAACUUCGGCCACUACGCUGUCGGUAUGGCUGACGAAGAUGCAUGAAUUUGAUUGGGAACAACGAUAAUUAUUUGUCAUUUAGAGAUUCGAUCCUUCAUUUGUGUAACGAUAUUUCUUACAUUUUAUAAGUGCACUUUGUCCAAUCCUGUACUCCUAUCGAUUUCAUCUGAUGAUGUGAGACUUAUGAUGUUGUAACAUGAAUAACAAACAGAUAUUAAGAAAGGAUUUCAAAUGCCUAUUUGUUUUAA